AUGAACCGGUUAUUUAAUACAAAAGUAGAUCAUGAUAAAGAUGAUAACAAUGGCUACAAACAUGCUCUUCGUGACGGUCAUCGUAAAAAAUCAACAGCAUUUGCUGUUAUUAGCCCACGAUUAAGUAUACUUGAAAAAUAUACAAAUGCUCGUAUUGUACGAAUUCGAUUGGUAUUUAUACAUAUUGGUGAAAUUGAUACAUUAAAUGAAAAAUAUCAAGCUGAUAUCUAUUAUGAAGCAAGAUGGAUGGAAAAUAACAUGAAUAUAAGUACAUUAAAUUUAACAGCGCAACAACAACAAACAUUAUUAUCAAAUGAAAAAAACGUGACAGUGAAAAUGAAUGAAUUUAAUUCAAUUGUUCAUUGGUCACCACAAUUAUUUAUUGAAAAUGCAAUAGGACAAAUUGGUGAACAAGAAAAAUGGUUUACUAUAAAGAAAAUGGAUCGAUUAUCGGCAACACAUUUGAUUAAUGCUGAAAUUUGUGAACAUCGUCGUAUCAAAGGUGUUUUUUGGGAAAAAUUAGAAUUAAAUCAUUUUCCAGCUGAUGUACAAGAUUUAACUAUUUCAAUAACAAGUCAUCAUCAUAUAGAAAAUUGUGUACUUAAACAAGAUAAACAAUUACGUUCAUCUAUAAAUCGUGAAGCAUUUUUUGAUCAACAAGAAUGGUCUUUAUAUGAACAUGUUGCAGCUGAAAUACGUGAAACAAAGGAAGAAUAUUCAUUUGAUGGUGAUCAAAAUGAAGGUUUAGAACAAAAGAGACAUCCGGUACUUGCAAUUGCUUGUCGUGCAGCUCGUCGACCUGGUUAUUAUUAUUGGAAUGCAUUUUUUCUAAUAUUGCUUAUUACUAUCCUUGCAUUUUGUAUUUUUUCAAUUUCACCGGAUUUACCUCAAAAUCGUCUUCAAAUAACUUGCACUCUUCUAUUAACUUCUGUUACAUUUCGUUGGGUUGUUAAUCGAUCACUACCACCAGUUUCCUAUUUAACAACUCUUGAUAUUUAUGCAAUUAUAUCAAUUGUUAUACUUGUUGUACUUUGUGUAUGGCAUUCUAUUAUAGCAUCAGUUAUAUUUCUUAAUCCAUUGUCAGUAAAAAUACUUCAACCAUCAAAUUAUUAUGUUAUUAUUGAUCGAUAUGUUUUUAUUGGUCUUUUUGUUAUGUAUAUUGCUAUACAUAUUGCAUUAAUUCUAUGGCUUAUAUCUGGUCCAUAUAAACGACGACGAGCAAUGGAACAUCUUGAUCGCGAAUAUGCAGCUAUGAAAUAUAUUCAAUUAGAUACACGGCAAACACGACAAAACUCAAAAAAUGAUUUAUUAGCGCAUUCGUCAUCAGCAAAUUUUGAUAUUUUACCACCAUUAAAAUCUGUUCGAACAAGAAGAUCAUCAGAUGCUGUUACAGUAGUACCUAAUGCUUCAACAUUUAUUCCUAUUCCAGAAGACGUUAAUAAAAUAAGAACAAAAUCUAUGAAUGUAUUCGAAUUAUAUGAACAAGAUGAUGAAUAUUAUGAUCAUACAAAUGAUAUCAAUAAUGAAUUAAAAUCAAAACAAAUAACAUCUAAUGAAAAAUUUUAA